AUGGUUUCGCACACAGCAAAGGACCUUACCGCAGGAACGGCAGGCGGAAUUUUGCAGGUCCUCGUUGGUCAACCGUUCGAUAUCGUGGGAACGCUCACUCCGUUACUAGGCAUUGGCGUAUGCGUGUCGAUACAGUUCGCUGCACUGGAGUCCUCUAAACGGUAUUUCGCAAAGAGCAAUCUGGCAACAGGACGAGGCGGACCCGACGGGAAGGCUCUGACGCCACUUCAAUUGGCUGCUGCAGGUGCAUUUGCCGGAGUCGCAAACGGAUUCGUGUCUGGACCAGUCGAGCACAUUCGUAUUCGACUACAAGCGCAGCCAGAUAAAAACCGCCUGUAUAAUGGGCCUUGGGAUGCGAUUAAGAAAAUUUCGCAGAGCCAUGGCAUUUCAGGGCUGUACAAGGGUCAAGUGCCGACCUUCGCCCGUGAAGCACUCGGUUACGGCGCGUACUUUUGCACAUAUGAAAUGCUUGUCCAACGGUACAUGCGCGUUCACCAAGUACCCCGGGAAGCGCUUCCUUCUCAUUUGGCUAUAGCAUAUGGUGCUACUGCUGGCUAUGCUCUCUGGGCAACCAUAUACCCGAUAGACGUGAUAAAAACUCGCAUCCAGACGGAUGGAUUUUCAGGCCCCUCAAGAAAAUAUUCCUCCAUGUUGGAUUGCCUCCGGACCAUAUUGCGGACAGAGGGAGCUGCGGCAUUUGCUCGGGGUCUCGGUCCUACUCUAGUUCGGUCGCCUCUUGCUAAUGGCUUCACGUUCUUAGGAUUCGAGCUUACCAGCCGAGCUUUGAAUUCGGCUUUCUGA